CGUGACGUGUUGUGGCCGCCCAUCUACCGCCGCGCAAUGCGCGUGAGCUAUUGCUGUGGACUAAAGAGAGCUCAUUUAUAUGUCUUUAGAAGGAUUCCAACGGUACCGGUAACUCGGCAGCGUGUUUGUCUGAGAGUUUGCUUCGUGCCGUAAACAACAUCCCGGUGAACCACGUCGUUAGCUUUGCUGGAUGCCGCUCGGUGGCUAGUGGGGAAAUGGCUAUCUAGUUAGCCCAGGCUCGCGACCUGCUACAGCUUUGUUGUUCUGACCGGACUACCGCGAACAUGCAGGAUAUUUUGGCCACCGUGGAUCACAUCAAGUUCGACUUGGAGAAUGCUGUUGAGCAGCAACUGGGGGCGAUGCCGCUGCCCUUCCCCGGCAUGGACAAGUCUGGCUCUGCGGUGUGCGAGUUCUUCAUGAGAGCAGCGUGUCUAAAAGGCAGCAUUUGUCCUUUCCGUCACAUCAGUGGUGAGAAGACAGUGGUGUGUAAACACUGGCUGCGUGGUCUCUGCAAGAAAGGAGACCAGUGCGAAUUCCUGCACGAAUAUGACAUGACCAAGAUGCCUGAGUGCUACUUCUACUCCAAGUUUGGCGAGUGUAGUAACAAGGAGUGUCCUUUCCUGCACAUUGAUCCAGAGUCGAAGAUUAAAGAUUGUCCCUGGUAUGACAGAGGAUUCUGUAAACACGGUCCUGACUGCCGACACAGACACACAAGGAGGGUGAUCUGUGUCAACUACCUUAUUGGAUUUUGUCCUGAAGGCAAAAACUGUAAAUUCAUGCAUCCUCGAUUUGAGCUGCCCAUGGGAGCGCCAGAUCAGCCUCCGCUCCCUCUGCAGAGCCUCAACCAGAACAAAAAUGUGUCCAGCAUGGGGCGCUCCUCGCUCUCCCUCAUCCAGCUGACCAACUCCAGUCCGGCUUCAAGGAUGCAGAACAACACGGCUGUCUCUUCUCACCAAAACAAUAUGUCCAGCAGAGGUCCGCGGCCUCUGGACCAAGUCACGUGCUACAAGUGUGGAGAAAAGGGCCACUAUGCCAACAAGUGCACCAAAGGUCACCUGGCCUUCCUCAGUGGACAAUAAUGCCAGUUGGCCACUAGCGCUACAAUCCGCUUGAAAGAAUUAGAAGUGGAACGUUGCAGCAGGAAAAAGGACCGUUCCAAUUGGACUUCGGUGUCAGUCUUGUUGCACAGAGGAAGAUCUGAUAUUGGACGACACUGUUCACUUUCACAGUGAUCAAGUCUUAAAGCACGUUUUGAGUGUUCUUUUCCUGAUUGUUCUACGUACAAAUAAAUAGUCUUGUACAACGCAUGCGUUUUCUGUUC